UAUUCCGCAUUGUGCACAAGAGGCUUUCAAUAGUUCCCCCUAUAGUUAGAUAAUUCAAUAAUUGCUUACAGCAUGUGCAUUAAUGUACUGUGCUCUUUAUAACUCUAAAAAGUGUCCCAAUACAAGCUAUUGUAAUGCACAAAGCAUCGUUAAUUCCAUAAUUAGUGCCAUAAUUCCAGUAUAGAUGGCGUUGCUCAAUCAUAUCCAAAGCCGCCUCGAUAGUUGUGAAAAAGUCGAGUUUGUACGAUUUAAGUAGGCAGUUGGUGGCGGCAGUGAAUAGAGAAAGCUUUGGUGCGUCCAUUUGUGUUUGUGGUUAUCUUACUUUUCAAGCGUUGUUUUGAUACAAUCAUAGUGGUUAAAUUGGUAGAACACCAAAAUGGCGCAGCGAUUUACUGGAGCGCAGGGUGGUGCUGCGACAGGGCCACCUCAACAGAGAUAUCCACCCCAGUCUGUCCCGACUUUAAGACAGUAUGCUGGACCAACCUUUCAGCUCCAACCGAGACCCGGGUUUCAGCCUCCCCCGACCAUGGGCUCUGCCCCAGGUCCCAACUUGAUGCCUCGGCCACAGCAGCAGCCUCCAUACCCUCCUAUGAGGCAGGGACCAAUUCCUCCACAAGCAGCACCAAAGCGGCCGACUGAUGUUCGCCCUCCCCCACCUCAGCAGAAGAAUGACUUCUCACACUCCACGGGCAAAAAGAAAAAGAAGCUUGCGGAUAAGAUAUUACCACAGAAAGUUAGGGAUCUUGUUCCGGAAUCUCAAGCGUACAUGGACCUUCUGGCUUUCGAACGCAAGUUGGAUUCAACCAUAAUGCGUAAACGUCUUGAUAUACAAGAAGCUCUGAAGAGGCCUAUGAAGCAGAAAAGGAAGCUCCGUAUUUUCAUCUCGAAUACAUUUUAUCCUGCUAAAGAGCCAGGAGAAAGUGAAGAGGGCAGUGUGGCCUCAUGGGAAUUGAGAGUAGAAGGUCGCUUGCUUGAAGAUAGUAAAAAUGAUCCCAAUAAGGUAAAGAGAAAGUUUUCAUCAUUUUUCAAGUCUCUUGUAAUAGAAUUGGAUAAAGAACUUUAUGGCCCUGAUAAUCAUUUAGUGGAAUGGCAUCGUACACCAACCACCCAGGAGACUGAUGGAUUCCAGGUGAAGAGACCCGGAGAUAAGAAUGUCCGCUGCACCAUUCUUCUUCUAUUGGACUACCAACCCCUUCAGUUUAAAUUAGAUCCUCGUUUGGCCCGAUUGUUGGGUGUUCACACCCAAACAAGACCAGUUAUAAUUUCUGCAUUAUGGCAGUAUAUUAAAACUCAUAGACUUCAAGAUUCACAUGAAAGGGAGUACAUAAUUUGCGACAAGUACCUAGAACAGAUAUUUGGCUGUCCCAGAAUGAAGUUUGCAGAAAUUCCUCAGCGCCUCAAUCCUCUCUUACAUCCACCUGAUCCAAUUGUAAUCAAUCACACCAUCAGUGUGGAAGGUGCUGAGCAGAAGCAAACUGCUUGUUACGAUAUUGAUGUUGAAGUUGACGAUACUUUAAAAACACAAAUGAAUAACUUUUUACUCUCUACUGCCAGUCAACAAGAAAUUCAGAGUCUUGAUAAUAAGAUCCAUGAGACAGUGGAAACAAUAAAUCAGCUUAAAACAAAUCGUGAAUUUUAUCUGAGCUUUGCUAAAGAUCCUCAGCAAUUUGUUAACAAGUGGAUAAUUUCUCAAACACGCGAUCUCAAGACAAUGACUGAUGUUGUUGGGAAUCCUGAAGAAGAGCGUCGAGCAGAGUUCUUCUAUCAGCCAUGGGCUCAAGAAGCUGUUUGUCGCUACUUUUACACAAAGGUUCAGCAAAAACGUGCUGAACUUGAACAGGCCCUUGGAAUUCGUAAUUCAUAAAUUGUAAGACUAGGCAUUGUGGUGGAUCCAGAAUACUCCCAUGUCAUUCAUUUUUGCAAAUGAACUUUAAAGAAUAAAAAAUGUGUUGUGCAGUGUUUACAAGUGUGCCAGUAUUUGGACAUUUCUCUCUCUGGUGUGUUAAUUUUUACUUCUUGCUUACAUAUUUCUUAGUAAACCAUGUACAAUGGAUUGGCUUCCUUUCAGAUAUUCACUUUAUACUUAGGCAAUAAUCUGUGUCUUACAAAUAUACAAUAGUAUAAAAAAAUAUUUAUAGAUUGAUUCUUGUUACUUUCUUCUGGAGCAACGGCUAUUAAAAAUAAGUAUUUCAACCCUAUUUCACAAAUGUGCACGUUUUACAAAUACAUUUUCCACAAAGAAAAAAUUGAUUUUUCUUGUCGGUGAAAUACACACCAUUUGUUUUUCUUCAACACUAGAACAGCGGCAGGAGUCAAAAUGACAUCUACAUACAUUUUCUUAAAUACUAAAUUCAGAAUUUAAGUGUGGUUUUUUUCUUCCUUCAAACGUUACUUUUCCUCUUUUUUUAUUUUUUUUAUCAUAUAAUAUCUCGGGGAACAGCAGGAGGGGUUAUUUCAUCCCAUAUUAUUUCAUUUGUAAAACUACAGUAUUCUGGACAUGAUCAGUGUUGGUUUGGUCUAAUUGUUUCAUUAUCAUGAAGAUUCUACAGAACUGCAAUCUUAGAAGAAUUCCCUUUCCUUCAGGAAUGAUGCGAUAUCU